AUGGAGGAUUUAGAAGGGCUGGUGUUGUUUCGUGUGGCGGGCGCUACCGGCGAUGCGGUUACCACCAUCGCCAAUAUCGCCUCCGUCUCCCGCGCCUUCGCUCGCGUCGCCCGCGCGGAGCUAUGGCCGCGUUACUGCCUCGCGCGCGCCGCGCUUGCGGAAGACGGCGAGGCGGCGGCGGUAGCGGCGGUGGCGGCGCGCUUGGUGCGCGAGGCGGCCAGCGCCGAUGCCCCGCGAAACGCGGCGAGCAGGCUGGCGCGCUGCAUGAGCGCGUGCCCGGGCAUGGUACGGGCGUGCUCCAUCGCUCUGCGAGUGCACGGGGCAAGUGAGGAUCCAUUGGAGGAGAGCGGCAGUCACUUCCCCAUUGAUUAUCACGUUAGCGACUCCUCUGCCCUCUCCUCCGCCCUCGCCGCUCAGCUUUUUGUGGACGAGUGCUUCCUUCCCGCCCCUCCUUCCCGCUCGUCGCCUCGUCCCCCUCCUUGCACCCCGAGCCGCUCCUCUUCCCACCGCUCUUCCCGCCACUCUAACACCUCCCACCCCGUCCUGCCUCCAUGCCCCUCGCCGGGGGAUGACAGGAGUGUGGGUGAAGUGGACGGGGGAAAAAAGAGGAAAGAAAGAGAGGAAGAUGGGGGGAAAGGGGCGCAAGAGGGCGCGGCUGUGUUGAUGGCAGCCGCGGGCUGUGGGUGGGAGCAGGGGGGUGAGGAUGAGCGGGGUGUUUUUGAGAAUUCUCAAAAACACCCUGUGUUGAUGGCAGCCACGGGCCGUGGGCGGGAGCAGGGGGGUGAGGAUGAGCGUUUUGAGACGUCUCUAAACCAGGAGGGCGCGGCGGUGUUGAUGGCAGCAGGGGGCUGUGGGCGGGAGCAAGAGCACGAGGAUGAGGACGAGGAUCAGCCUUGUCAUGUGGUGCAGGAAGCAGAGGUGGCUUUUGAGUCGACUCAAAAGGCGGCGGUGUUGAUGGCAGCAGGGGGCUGUGGGGACGAGCAUGAGGAUGAUGAUGAGGGCAAGGCUUGUCAUGUGGUGCGGGGAGCAAUUGCUGGGUUCAAGAAUUCACGAUUUCACAGGAUGCUGCAAGGCCAGGCGUUUGCUUCAAGCACCUGCCCCUUCUGCCAUGACCGGGCAGGGAGCGCCGCUGCUCUGCUGAAACCUGUUUUUGAGGCGCCUCAAAAACAGAUGAUAUGA